AUGCCCAGGGCGCCGAGGAACCACAGCAAGACUUAUAAGGUCCCCCGUCGUCCAUUUGAGUCGGCCCGUCUCGAUGCCGAGCUGAAGCUCGCCGGGGAGUACGGUCUUCGCAACAAGCGCGAGAUCUGGCGUAUUUCGCUCGUUCUCUCCAAAAUUCGUCGUGCUGCGCGUGAGCUUCUCAAGCUCGAUGCAAAGGACCCGAAGCGACUGUUCGAGGGCAAUGCUCUCAUUCGUCGCCUCGUCCGUAUUGGUGUGCUCGACGAGACGCGCAUGCGACUUGAUUACGUGCUUGCGUUGAAGAUUGAGGACUUCUUGGAGCGUAGACUGCAGACUCAGGUCUUCAAGCUUGGUCUCGCCAAGUCGAUUCAUCAUGCACGUGUUCUUAUUAGACAACGUCACAUCCGUGUCGGCAAGCAAAUUGUUAACGUCCCUUCAUUCGUCGUCCGACUCGACUCUCAAAAGCAUAUCGACUUUGCACUCACCUCGCCCUACGGUGGAGGUCGCCCGGGUCGUGUCAAGCGCAAGCGCGCUGCUGCUGCCGCAAAGAAGGAGGAAGGUGGCGACGAAGAGGAAGAGGAAUAA